AUGGCAUUGAGUAUGUUUUGUGCAACCAGGGCUUCUGUGUAUUUGAUGAACAUGAACACCUCAGUUCCUUCCUCUAGAGGCUUUUCUUCUGUUGUGAAGGGUUUAAAGUAUGCCAAGUCGCAUGAGUGGGCGAGAGAUGAUGGGAAGGUGGCCACGAUAGGGUUGAGUGACCAUGCUCAGAAGCACUUGGGUGAUAUUAUUCAUGUUGAACUGCCUGAUGCCGGUGAAAAUGUAGCACAAGGCGCCAUAUGUGGUACUGUUGAUUCUGUCAAAGCUAGCAAGGGCCUCCACUCUCCUCUCUCUGGCAAUGUAGUUGAAGUGAAUGAAAAGCUUCGUACUUCUGCUGCUUUGGUAAAUGCAAGCGCAUAUGAAGAUGGUUGGCUCAUGAAGGUAGAAAUGAGCAGCAGAGAGGAGCUGAAUAACCUGAUGGACCAUGAUGAAUACUUGACCUGUGUGCAAACUAAGUGCCCAAACAUUGACGAACCAGUUGCAAACACCUAG